AUGAAAUUGCUUUUACUAUUUUUACUGUUAUUCGCUUUAUAUACAAAUAUUGUGUCAAUCUCAAUAUUUGUCAAAAUCUCUUGGAGAGAUAAUGGGGAGCAUGGAUUGGAUUAUCACAAGUAUUUGGCCAGUAAAAAAACUGGCCGUUUUCAUUUGGCAUUAAAUAGCCAUUAUCAUCAAAAUCCUAUUAUUCAAGUAACAGAUGGUUAUGAUACUUACCAUUUUAACCAAAAUGAGUUUCAAAGUCCUGAUAAUGAGCCUAGCAAUUUUAAUUUGCAAAUUGCUUUUAAUGGACACGAUUUAAUUAUCGGCGAAAUAAACAAUAUUGAAGAUAACUCAAUAAUCUAUAUCAUCCCCCGUCUCGACAAUACAAAAUAUAUAAAAGUAACCAAAGACAUAGUAAAUGAUUAUUUUGAACAAAUGAUAAAUUUAUUUAAACAUCCUGUUCGUAUUUUACAAUUUAUUUGGAACCGACCAAUGAAAUCAGACAAUCCGAUAGAUGUAAGAAUUGGAUGUAAAAGUGAAGUAAUAAAAAACGAAGCUACCACCCAUUCUAUUUCCAGUUUGAAUACUAAAGUGUACAGAAAAGUAGAUGGUAUUGAUAAGCCAUAUCAAUCAACCUAUUAUGUUAGAAGCAGAGUUUGUCCGAAUGAUCAAUAUUCCGUUAUGCUGCUUGGAAUUCACAUGAAUGAAUGGUUAUAUUGCGACCAUGCAAUUCUUUCACCUAACUAUGUAAAUACAUAUUAUGUUAAUUUCUAUGAUCUGCCAAACAAACCUUAUUGCAAAUUGAGAGUUUCGGCACUCAAAAUAGCAGACAAAUUUAUUGAUAAACUUAGCGAUAAUGAAAAAGCUGUAGACCAACGAAUGAAAGAUUUGUUUCCUGAUAACAUUGGAAUUGUAAUCCAUGGAGGUUGGACAGGCAAUAAAUCAGGGUUUCAAAUUUUGAGUUUAAGCAGCGGAAAUGUACUAGAGAAAAGUCAACAACGUCAACUUGCUUUAGGAAGGCCUCCCACAUAUCCUAAAGCUAAUUUGAUGUUACCGUCUGUGUUGGCACAUCCACAAUCACCCAGCAUACCUGUUCCUGGUACAACUUCAACUCCGGAUUUUGGCUCUACACAGAAAAAAAUUGACAUCGAAAAUCUACCUCCGGAUGAGUUGCUUCGUAAAAAUCGACUUUUCUUUAAAACGUUAAAACAAAAUUCAAAUAUUGGUGAUAAUUCUAAUGGAAUAAAUAUUGCAAAUCAACAAAUAAAUGAUCUACAACAACCACAACCCACUCCAAUACUUCCCCAACAUUUGCCACAUGUACAGAAUAUUAUUGCUCAAAGUUACUUGAAUCCUCGAAAGGAAAAUAAUUCUCAAUAUCCGAGAAAGCCACCACUUCAUGUUAUAAAACAAAAUCAACCAAUACCAAGUAGACUUGGAACUAACCAACAACAGAUAAUUACUCCAACGGUUGCACAAAAUCAGCAACAACAUACACAACAUGAUAUAACACCCAUUCCUUUCAGUCAAAUGGAUUCACAAAAUCAAAAACAAAUGCUUCAACAACAUGUCGAAACAAACAAUCCUUUCCAUCCAUCGAGUGACUACAAUCAACAAACAAACCGUAGUGAUACGGGCAUUCCUCCCUCCUCAAUUGGUGGAGAAAAUCAUCAACAAAUGCAUCAACAGCAUCAUGUCGGAACAGAUCAUCCUCUCGGUUUGGCAAAUGCACUAAAUCAAAAACAAAUUCAUCAACAAGCUCAUGUUGGAACAAACCAUCCUUUCCACCUUGAACAACAUAAUGAGGACGAUGCCAUUGUUGAGAAACGAAUAUUGGAAGAAUAUGAACACAUGCCUCAAAACGGUAUCAAAAAUACUCUAGAUCUUGUGCUUAAAACUAAUACCUGAUU